AUGGCACUUGCGAGCGGCGAUUUUCAGAAGAGUCGGUACACGGUGCAUCUGCAAGGGCCUGGCCACCCAUCCUUUCUGAAAGGAGGAACAGUAGCCAGGCUGGAGACAGCCAUUCAGACUAUCGAUUUGCAUAACAAAAAAGUCUUCAAACCCCUUGUGGCUAGACUGCUGUUGGAGCUCGAUGUCAGUCAGUACCGAUGUCCAAACUUUCUCGACUUGGCGGUUUAG